GCGCGCCGGCCGUGAGUGUGCGCUUUUGAGAGCGGCGGUGAGGGUGGCCCUGGGCCCGCGCCGCGGCCGCCGGCAUGAGCUACGACCGCGCCAUCACCGUCUUCUCGCCCGACGGCCACCUGUUCCAAGUGGAGUACGCGCAGGAGGCCGUCAAGAAGGGCUCGACCGCGGUUGGCGUCCGGGGAAGAGACAUCGUGGUCCUUGGCGUGGAGAAGAAGUCGGUGGCCAAGCUGCAGGACGAGAGGACCGUGCGGAAGAUCUGCGCGCUGGACGACAAUGUCUGCAUGGCGUUUGCAGGCCUCACCGCGGACGCGCGCAUCGUCAUCAAUCGGGCCCGGGUAGAGUGCCAGAGCCACCGGCUGACCGUGGAGGACCCGGUCACCGUGGAGUACAUCACCCGCUACAUCGCCAGUCUGAAGCAGCGCUACACACAGAGCAACGGUCGCCGGCCAUUCGGCAUCUCCGCCCUCAUCGUGGGCUUUGACUUCGACGGCACCCCCAGACUCUACCAGACUGAUCCCUCGGGCACGUACCACGCCUGGAAGGCCAAUGCCAUCGGCCGGGGCGCCAAGUCGGUGCGGGAGUUCCUGGAGAAGAACUACACCGAUGAGGCCAUCGAGACCGACGACCUGGCCAUCAAGCUGGUGAUCAAGGCCCUCCUGGAAGUGGUUCAAUCUGGUGGCAAAAACAUUGAACUCGCGGUCAUGAGGCGGGAUCAGCCCCUCAAGAUCUUAAAUCCUGAAGAAAUUGAGAAAUACGUUGCUGAAAUUGAAAAAGAGAAAGAAGAAAAUGAGAAGAAGAAGCAGAAGAAAGCGUCAUGAGAAGCCUCUUCGCUGUAACGAUUUUUAAAUUCUGAUCAUGGACGAACCUCAAGGCGACGUGUAGGCGUUUCCAUCCCGUGCUCUUGCUGUCGCGUGCCCUCCAAUAAAUCUCACAUUUUUUAACCUUU